UUACAAAAGAGUGACAGUCUGUAAAUCACUCUAAAUAAAAAUUCAUAUAAAAAUAAAUAUUUUAAACAAAACAAUUUUAUUUUAAUGUUGUUUAUGUAUUUAAAUAAAUGCACAAUGUAAGAAAAAAUGAAAAAAAAAAUUUUUUAAAUAACAUUUUUACCGUUGCCUGAUACAGAACAGACUGUAUUCACUUAUUCAAUAUGUGUUUUAACAGUUUCGUUUUUUUAAUAUAUGUCGAAUUAUAUGUAAACAUGUUUUAUCAACUGUUUUUUUUUUGUUGCUAUAUCCUUUUUUUUAGUUUAAAAUAUUUAUUUUGCAAACAAUAAUCAGUAACAAGACUAAACAAGUCACUGCUAUUAACAACACAGGUUUACAUUGCAUUAAAUACAAAUCAAUUAUUAACUUAUUGUUUAAGUUGUUGUUUAAACUUGCUAUACAUUAUGUCCCAUUCACAUUCCUGCACUUACAAGCUACAAUGCAAAACCCAGCCUCGCCGAGGUACGUUUCAAUAUCUGAAUACAACCCCAAACAUAACAGUGACAUCCCAUGUAAAGGGGGAGAAGCUUUCUAUUUGUUGGAAAGAACUGACGACUGGUGUUAUGUACAAAGUGAAACCUCCGGCAGUAAAGGCUAUUUACCAAGUCAUCUCAUACAGCUUGAUCUUACAAAUGAACCUUGGUUCCAUGGAAACAUCGGAAGAAUCGAAGCUGAGAAUUUACUUCAAUAUUCUGAGCCAGGAACUUUCUUGAUUCGUGAAAGUGAAACCAUCAAAGGUUCAUACACAUUAACAAUGAUCCAAAUAAAAGAUGGCACAAAACAAAUCAGUCAUUUCCGAAUAAAUUAUGACGAUGGGAAAUAUUUCAUCACGAGUGCGAGGAGGUUUCUGGGGUUGCAUCAACUCAUACAACAUUACAUGCAGAACUCUGAUGGUUUGGCUUGCAACCUUGUUUACCCUCAACCCAAACCAAGCAUAGAAUACAUGGAGCUGGAUGUUUGGGAGAUAGACAGGGGGAGGUUGAAGUUGGAAACCAAACUUGGGUCGGGGGGGUUCGGGGACGUUUGGAAGGGUACAUUGGAUGGCAGCUUCACUGUAGCAAUCAAACAACUACAGAUAGGAACCAUGACAACUGAAGCUUUCCUGGAAGAAGCAAAAGCAAUGAAACAACUCCAGCACGACAAACUUGUUAAACUACACGCUGUGGUACCAACUGAACCAGUUUAUAUUGUAAGCGAGUUUAUGUGCAAUGGAGAUCUGCUGAGUUAUUUAAAGAGGAAAGGUUCGUAUGAUUUACAGCUUGGUGACUUGCUGGAUAUGGCUGCUCAGGUGGCAUCCGGAAUGGCUUUCAUCGAGGCCAACAAUUACAUCCAUAGAGAUUUACGCGCGGCAAACAUCCUCGUCGGCGAAAACAAGGAAUGUAAGAUCGCUGACUUUGGGUUGGCUCGUUUCAUCCCAACAGAUGAAUACGUUGCCCAUGCAGGAGCCAAGUUGCCGAUAAGAUGGACGGCGCCCGAAGCUUUGACGCAUCGGAAGUUCACCAUCAAGUCCGAUGUUUGGAGUUACGGGAUUGUUCUGUUUGAAAUCAUCACACAAGGAGAAUCACCUUAUAGGGGAAUGGAAACACGUAGUUUGAUGAAACUAUUAGAAAGUGGAUAUCGAAUCCCGAAGCCGGUGACAUGUCCCGAUCAUGUCUAUGGGAUUAUGAUGAAAUGUUGGGAGAAGGAACCAAAGCAAAGACCAAACUUCAACUAUUUAAAUGGUUACUUUGAAGGAGUGGUGGCUAGCUUGGAUAUGACGGGGGAAAAUACGUUCUAGAUAUUAUUACAUUGUAAAUCACCUUAUUACUUUAUAACCACUGUUGCGUAUCGUAUGCGUGAAAUUAUACUGAGAUUGAAACAUCUUGUUAAUGUGACAGACUUAUUUUUCCACUCACUGCAAUAUUCCUAUACCACCAUUUAAGUAAAUGAAACAAUAAUGCUGGACUAACACAACACUCAAGCCACCGUGCCACAAAUACUGAAGAUCUUUUACCGACCAAAAGUGAACUUAUAAACAUUUUUGUAAAACUCCGUUUUUAGAAUUAAUUUAAAAUCUUUGUCCCCAAAAGGUUUGAAAAAAAUUCCACCGUUCCACACACAACUACUAAUACAACAACCUUAAUGUUAAACACUAACCAACAUCCCAGGUUUCUCUGGGAUGUUAAUCGUUGGUUCGUGUAAAACUGUGACAGAAUAACUAAAUCGUAUUUACAUACCUGGAACAAGCUUAAGGUGGCUGUACACAGUAUCCAACUUGGGAAGUGGUAUGCAAACCCAUUACCGAGUUCCGCA